AACUACUUCUGUUUAUCUGAUUUAGUUUGUAUUGUCAAGGUACUCUGGUAUGCUUGAAAAGGAGGUAAAGAUUGCUUGUCUUGUCUGUCGCGACUGUUGUGAUUGCAAAGCAUGUUCUAGAAGUCCAGCUAAAGAUGGUUAUAAGGAUCUUGAAAUUGUUCAGGAGCGUAUAUACGAUGAGUUUGUAGAGAAAACAAAAGCCCGUGCCUUAAAACGCAUUGUUGGAGACCCCUUUAAAAAGGGUGUUGAACAAGGUCCUCAGAUUGAUGAGGAGCAGUUUAGCAAGAUCUUGCGUUACAUCAAAUCGGGAAUCAACAGUGGUGCUACGCUAGUAACAGGUGGAGAUCGAAUUAGAAACAAAGGUUAUUACAUUUAG